AUGCUGCCUUCCAUUGUGAAGCCGAAAGGGUUUGGCGUUUCCCAUUUACCUUUUGCGGAAAUCAGAUCUCAUUUUGGCCCUGGCGGCAUAUUUUACAAGCUAAAAUAUUCCAUCAAGUCGUUUGAUCAAAUUCCGUCUGUAGUCUCAGAUCCUAACGAUGUCAAUGAGCGGCAGGAGGAAUUUCCAGGCCAAUUUUCAUACAGGGCAUUGCGGUAUUUUUCCAACGAUCCAACUCCAAAGUACAUUAGAGGAAAUAUUGGGCCCUUUUCUGUUGACAUCUUACAGCAAUAUCUGCUUGAAAAGCAGCCAUUGACAUUGGAGCUGUUCGAAUCGUAUGCUUUCAAAUUUGCGUGCAAAUCCAUGGUGGACGAGUUGGAUCGGCUUGUUCAAGAUCUUCAACACCAUGGCUUGACGGUUUCGCCAUAUAUUUUGAACAUGAAAAUCUUUUGCCAGCUUUUAAGGGUACCCAAAGAUGAGCUGACCUCUGUGUUUGGUUCAAAUUUCAACACCGAAAUCACACCAUCGUUACAGGUGCAGCACUUGAAAGGGCUAUUUCAAGAUCUGUCAGUGCUCAAAAUUCCUCUCGAAAUAUGCAUCUACGAACGCUUGGCGUAUGUUUUUUUCAAAUGCAAAGCCGCCCAAUCAAUCUCCACCUUGAUUGUGAACAUGAAAAUCAAACUGCUGCAGCCCACGUCUUUGAUUUAUUACUAUUGGCUGUAUCUUUUAUCGGCAGAUAAAAAUUCCCUAUUGUUUCAGAAUGCAUACAGGUCAAUCAAGGGGUCAAGCGUUCUUAAUGAAGACAUCCGGAAGCUGUAUAUUGUUUGGUGUUGCUCUGUUCGGGAUAUGCUGACAAUCAUUGAAAGCAUUGAUGGGUGCAUUAAAAACCACCUGAAGCCGUCCUUUUUCGUCACCUUGGCACUUGGCGAGCUGAUCAGAGGCCAGCGUAGGGAAGACGCCAUUAGCAUCUUUAACCACUACACACGUGAUCCGUACUUUUGCUUUUCCUCGAACGAUUUAACCCUCCUUUUGGACUCUUGUAUUCACACGGCAUCCUUUGAAUUGUGUAAAACAUUUCUCCCGCUGGUUCUUUGCAAGGAAACCGGGUGUCCCUUGGAUCCCGAUCACGAUGGGUUGGUGCUAAAAAUAUACUCGCAAUCCGACCCUUCCAAAAUCGUUUCAUUUAUGGGUUCGCUUCGAAUUGCCCGGAAUUGGGGAAAGUUGGACGUCAACAAUAUUAACUUGGUUCUCGAUGCAUGCUACAAAAAUCCAAUCCUAAAUCACUAUAUGUUUGAUGUUUUGGAAGCCCAGACCACGACGCUUUAUAGCAUUUAUGAAGCGAAAUUUUCACAGUCAACGAACUUUUCUUAUGCUCGGUUUUUCGAAGCCCCUCCAAGCAAGCUCUUCGAUACCAUUAACAUCUUCAGGAAUCGCAUGAAGCUGGUCGAUGAAAGGUUCUACAAAGACAGCCUGUUGUACGAACUUGCCUGUCUGAACGUCGACCCAUUUAUUUUUAGAAUUCUUUUGCUGAUGGCACAAAACCAAAUAGAACCGACCAAAACGACCAUUCUAAUCAUCUUUUACUACUAUGUCAAUGUUCGUGCCAAUAUUCGCGAGCUUGCUAGAUUUUAUCACCUGGUGAAGCCGUUUUUGAAUGACAUGUACUAUGGCGCCAUCAACAGCCUUUUUUCGUCCUGCAUACGAAACAAAUGCUGGCACACCGCCUCGUCCUUGUUUACAUACAUCAAUUUAAGGGGUCUUCCCUUAAAGGCGUAUAACUUGAAUAUCUGCAAGAGGUCCAAGGAUAUCAGAUACACUGCGUUUAAAUAUCAAAUUUCGUGCGAUACCCAAAAAAUAUAUUCAUUGCUUGAUCGAAUUAAAAGGCAGUUUGUGAGGGAAAACAGCCAAACACCGAGGUCUUACAUUGAGCGCCACGGGAAGGACAUUGUUAGGAUCUUUACUCUUGAAAGGCUGCGGGAGCUUUCAGACAAGUUUGCACAACACAACAUCAUUUACGUUGCCCAACUCAACGACCUGCAUCAAGAUCAAAGAAAAAUCCUUUUCAGCCUCUCCUCUGGCGAGUCCUUCCUUUUGACAAGAUUAUUAAUGGUGCCUGAUCUUGAAACACCUGGCGACUCCAGCUCCACGUACAAGAGCAAGUAUUUUGACACCCAAAAUGCAAAUUAA